AUGGCCUGGAGUUUCCGUGGAACAGUCCAGCUGGCGGGACUGCUCCUCUCUCUCCUUGGCUGGGUCUGCUCAUGUGUGACCACUGCCCUGCCCCAAUGGAAGACUCUCAAUUUGGAACUGAACGAAAUGGAGACCUGGAUCAUGGGGCUUUGGGAAGUCUGCGUGAAUCAGGAGGAAGUUGCCACUGUGUGCAAGGCCUUUGAGUCCUUCUUGUCCCUGCCCCAGGAGCUCCAGGUAUCCCGUGUCCUCAUGGUAGCCUCCCAUGGGCUGGGACUAUUGGGGCUUCUGCUUUCUGUCUUUGGGUCUGAAUGCUUCCAGUUUCACAGGAUCAGCCACGUAUUUAAGAGGAGGCUUUGCCUUCUGGGAGGGACUUUGGAGGCAUCAGCUUCAGCCACUACCCUCUUUCCAGUCUCCUGGGUGGCCUAUGCCACAAUCCAAGACUUCUGGGAUGACAGCGUCCCUGAGAUUGUGCCUCGGUGGGAGUUUGGAGAUGCCCUCUUCCUGGGCUGGGCUGCUGGUAUUUUCCUGGCCCUUGGUGGGUUACUGCUCAUCUUCUCAUCUUGCCUGGGAAAAGAAGAUGUGCCCUCUCCCCGGAUGACUGGUCCUACAGCCCCACCAUCCUAUGCUCCAGCAGAGGAGUUCGAUGGCUCCUUCUAUCUAACACCAAGACCUAAGAACCUGUUCAUCUAG